CGUCGACCAUGCGAUAGUGCUCCGGCUGUCAUCUUCCAUUCCUUUUCCGUCCUUGCGCCUGCGUGUGACCUCGGGCGGCUGGUUGUUUCCUGAUCGUCUUCGGCUGGUACACUCGAAGAAUCUCUCGUUUCUCCCCCGCUCGGAAUCAUUCGAUAUGCUCGUUCCGAAGCCCCCUGUGGAUUUGGAAGGCCACUGCUCUGCUCUAUACGACAACACUCUUUACACCUACUCCGCCAACGGCUUCGCAUCGAUACCUCUCGAGCGCAAUGGAACAUGGACCGAACUGACCAUGGGUGAGGCCGUCUCGGAUGCGGCGUGUGUGAUAGGUGGCACCGAUGGCGAUGAAACCAAGCAAGCUCUCUACAUAGUCGGCGGAACCGCCUCGUCGAAUCAACCGGGCUUGCAGCGAUAUUCGUUUCAAGACAAGAAAUGGACCACUAUUCAACCCCCGCAAUCAGUUAUGGGAAAUCGCACUCACCACAGGGCCGUCUACCUGUCGAAUUCCUCAUCAAUCUUGGUCUACGGCGGUCACCAAACCGACGAAGAUGUCGCAUCGUCCGAUACAUACGUUUUAAGCACGGCCUCGCCAUACUCGGUUGCGGCUCACAAUGCGACAGAAGCGUCACCGGCCGUCGCGCCCGUUCUCCUACCCUGGAAUGGUCGCCAGGCAGCUUUGGUGGGUGGUACGACAACUCCCAAAAAGGUCCACCUAUUCGACCCCACCCUGGGCUGGUAUAGCUCCAACGUGACACUUGCCCAAUCGCUGUCCACUGGUGUGCAGUGUGCAAUCCUGGACGGAUCCGAUGGGAGCAAGGUGCUAGAAUCAUUCGAUAUGGACGUUGCACCCAACACGGUCACGAGCGUGGUGUUGGUGAAUUCAUCCGGAGAGGAUGCGAAUCCCGCUACCGCCUUGAGUUCCCAAUCCUCGUCGCGUAAACGAAAGAGGGAGAUCACCCUCAGCAAUUACCCGACGUACGAUAGUAGCUUGGCGGGAUCCACCACACGGCAAAAUUACUCAUUGGCCCAAGGAGAGGAUGGAUUAGUGGUGAUCUCGAGUGGCAGUGGUACUGACUCUCUGGCCAUAUUCAACCAGACCGCCAACAGCUGGGUCAACGCCACCAAACUGUUUUACGGUGACGAGAGCCAACAGCAGAUUCUCGGAUCGACAACGACGACCGCGUCCUCAUCAACGACAAGUUCAACCACCUCUUCUAGCGCCGCAGCCGGCGGUAACACGUCCGAUAGCGAUGUUGGCACCAUCGUCGGCGCCACCCUGGGAGCUAUCCUGGGCGUCGCGGCCAUUCUGGUGAUCAUUCUUCUCCUCAUAAAACGCAAGAAGCAGAACAUGAAGAGGGCGAGAGGCGACAACGAUAAAGAUCGGCUAAGUUUCCAGGAUCAGGGCGUGGAGCCUUUGGCCCAGUCAGCAUAUCCCAUGGCAAAGAGCCCGGUGCCUCUUGCAGCUUCCUCGGUGGAUUCGCUCGCAAUCUUCUCGGGCGGUUUGGGUGAUGAGAAGACACCGAGGUCAAGUCCGCUGACGACCAUCCACUCCACUGAGGAGUCCUCUUCACCCAGCAUCUACUCAAGCGCUGCCUUGGACAAAGAACUCGAAAUCCAAGACUCCAACUCCGGAAGCCGAGCAGGUGACCGGAGGACCAAUGAAGGGUGGACGGCCGCCAAGCCGCAGCCGAAAGGCUGGGCCAUGAAGACGCUCACGCCACUGGAUUUUGGGUUCUUGGAAGAGCCCAAGCCGCUGGGACAGGUGAUAAGCGGUAGCCCCACAACUGAGCAUGCCUCGUCUAUCAUCUCCUCCGAGGGCCGCCAUGUUGCCAUCCAAGAAAGCCAGUCUGCUCGUAUCUCUAGCGCCUCCUCGAUGAGUGCAGACUUGGAGGGUGACCCACAAUGGAAGCAGCGCAGCUGGGCAGGCCGGCCUCCAAGUAGCACCUACAGCAGAAGCUUCUACAACCCCAGCACCCAUGUUCCCUCAAUAGCAGCGCCGUCCGACAGUGACUACCGACUGUUUGACCCUUCUCGCACCAACACACGGGGGUCUAGCAUCCUCAUACCCGAAGUCACGGAACCCAUGCCAACACACAAGGCCGCCAACGUCAACGAGGACAUGAGCUGGUUGAACCUCAAUGCUGAUCGAUGA